UGUUGCACCGCAUUUUUUAGUUGGACACUAUUGGUCCUUGGUCGGACCGUGACCGCAAUGCGAUGGCAAAGUUGCGCUCUUGUGCGCCCUUCAGGAAUGCAUGGCCUGCCUUUCCCCUUCAGGGGCAACCGAUCGUUGCAGGUCUGUCAGGCAGAAACCAAUGCAGGCUUUUGCGGCAUCUCAUGGCCCCUCCGGAGUUGUUGGAGAUCGCGAAGCACCGAUGCUUCAAGGGGACCUUGUACCGCUUCGAGCACAUCAGCCCGGUCUUGGGCGAUUGCACCAUGAAACUCUCAACCUUCGUGCCCAGCGGCAAAGGCAAGUUUCCAGGUGUGAUUUGGCUGAGCGGGCUCACCUGCACUGAUGAGUCGUUAGCCCAACGUGCAAGCAGUGCUCUGGAAUUUGCACAGGAGCUUCAGUUGAUUUUGAUCAUGCCAGACACUUCACCUCGAGGGGAGGGUGUUCCAGAUGAAGAUCCGAAGGCCUUUGAUGUAGGCAUCGGGGCAAGCUUCUACGUGAAUGCUACCACCGAGAAGUACAAGAAGCACUACCAAAUGCUGGACUACAUCACCCAAGAGCUGCCCUCGAUGGUCGCAGCCAAGCUUCCGCUGUUGCAGAGUCGGCUUGGCAUCAUGGGCCACAGCAUGGGUGGGCAUGGGGCGCUUGUGGCUGCCUUGAGAUAUCCAGAGCUUUACCGCUCAGUCUCUGCCUUCGCGCCUAUUGUCCAUCCGACUGAAUCUCCUUGGGGUCAGAAAGCUUUCAGCCUUUAUUUGGGUGAGGAUCACAAAGCUUGGGCGGCCUAUGACACUCUGGAGCUGCUCAAGCGCUACAAGGGCCCCCCCAAGCGGCUUUUGGUGGAUCAAGGCCUGGCGGAUCCCUUUCUGUCGGAGCAGUUGAAGCCCGGGCUGCUGAAGGCGUUGUGCGACGAGAAGGGACUGGCCUUGACCCUGCGAAACCAGCAGGACUACGACCACUCCUACUACUUUAUUUCCAGUUUCAUCCAGGACCACCUGAAAUACCACGCCUCCUUUCUCACGGGAGUGCUGAAAUGGUGCCCCGAUCCUGAGCAUCCACUAGCUGCCUCCGUGUACUCGGUGGAUCCAGCGCUGGAUGAAUCUCUGGAAGAUGAGACCUUGGAGGAGGUCAAAGAUGAGGUUGACACUUCGGCCGAGAAAGUGGCUGAGCAACCGAGCGAAGAGCCUGCGCCAGAUGAAGUGGAGAAAGCUGCUUCCAAGGCUGGGAAUCCGGAGAGCAGUCACCUGGAGGUGCUCGACGGCGUUCCAAGGGAAAUCGAAUGCCUGGCAGCGGUUUGCUUCGAGGAGCCCUCCCUGAAGCUGGUGAAGAUCCAGGUGUCGCCCCCAGGCCCGGGCGAAGUGCGGCUGCGCAUCGUGGCUGCAGCGCCCAGCUUGGUGGACGUAGCCGCGCUGAAGGAGCGGAGUUUCCCUCGAAUCCUGGGCGUUGAAGCCGCUGCGGUGGUGGAAGAUGUAGGUGAAGGUGUUGAGGAGUUCCAGCCCGGUGACCAUGUGAUUCCCUGCUUUUAUGCCAACUGCGGGCGCUGCAGCAGGAUACCAACUUGCAAGAUGACUUCUUGCAGCUCGCAGGACAACUUCUGCGAAUCCAUCCAGCGCUUUGCCAGUCGUGGACUCAUGCGGGAUGAGACCACCCGCUUCUCCUACGGCAGCACUGAGAUCUUCCACUUCCAGGGAUGCAGUGCCUUCAGUGAGUACACUGUGGUACAUGCGCAGUCCCUAGUGAAGAUCCGGAAGGACGCGCCGCUGGAGGUGGCUUGCCUUUUGGGUGGCGGAGUGGCGGCUGCCCUUGGCAUGGUCUGGCGGGUGGCCGCACUGCCCUACGGCUGCCCGGUGGGAGCGGUCUUCGGGCUCCAGGCAGAGGGCCUGGCGGCCCUGCGAGCGUUGCAGAUGGCCAAAGCGGGGAGGAUUUUCGCUGUGGAUCCUGAUCCUUCAAGGCUCGAACUUGCCAAGAAGUGGGGUGCUACCGACCUCAUCAACCCAUACUCUCUUCCAGAGGGAAGUAGCAUCAAGGAGGAGAUCCUAAAGCGUGCAGAGGCCCCCGCAGAUGUGGCCUUCGACACCUUGGGCUACGAGGCCACGCUGCAGCAGGCGCUGGCGCCAUGGGCGCCGAGCUACGCUUUGGUCUCAUCGGCAUCCAGUGCGGUCCAUGUCACUGGCGGCCUGGCGGGUCGUGGCAUCCCCUUCGGGGGCUGGAGGCCAAAGCUUCAUGUGCCACUGCUUGUCGACUUGUUUAUGGCUGGGGAGUUGAAGCUUCGCGACUUUAUCAGCCACACUGCGUCCUUCGCGGAGAUUAAUGAAGUUUUAGAUUCCUACCACGAGCCAGACCGGAUUCGGACGGUUCUUCGCUUCUGACCAAUACCUGCUUCCGAGACUGCGCUGGUCUCGAAGUGUCAGAGCCCAGUCGUGUCUGUGUGGACAGAGAGAA